GGUUGUGCGUGUCUUUCGUGGCAAGACAGAAAACACAAAGAAGGUUCGUCGUUCACAGUUCGAAACCCUAAUUCACUCUUUUGGGGGUCUUCGUUUCGUUCCUGCGAUCCGUGAUCUGGAAAUGGCGUCGUUUGAGGAAGCACCACCAGGCAAUUCCAAAGCUGGAGAGAAAAUCUUCAAGACCAAGUGCGCGCAGUGUCACACCGUCGACAAAGGCGCUGGCCACAAGCAAGGACCCAAUUUGAACGGGCUUUUUGGAAGGCAGUCUGGAACAACUGCUGGAUACUCGUACUCUACUGCUAACAAGAAUAUGGCUGUCAACUGGGGAGAGAAUACUCUGUAUGACUACUUGCUUAACCCUAAGAAGUACAUUCCCGGAACCAAGAUGGUUUUCCCUGGAUUGAAAAAGCCACAGGACCGUGCUGAUCUCAUUGCUUAUCUGAAGGAGUCAACUGCUUGAUUUUUUCGCCUCGUAUUGGUGUCAUCUACUAUUCUGCGACAGACGAAAGGGUAUGGUCGCUGGUGCUAGUUUUGAAUUCUUUCUGAAAGAAAUGGACACUUAUUCUUUAAAUAAGACGGUUAAGGUCACCGCUAGUGCGACUUUUUCCAGUAAGGGUAAGCUAGUAGGAAAGAACUAUUGUUCCAUACAAUGGAACCUCUGAUAUUUUACGGCUUUAGUCAACUAUGUUCUAAAUGCUGAGUCAUUUAGGGGCUCCUCAAAGAAAUAAAUGACAUGAGAUGUCAUGGUCUGCUUUUGAACAUUGGCCACUGUUUUUGGGUGUAAGCUUUUCACGCAUUAUGGGGAAAUUUUACUUCGAGA